AUUUUCUUUAGUCGGAAAAAAUCUUCGAACGUUAAAACAUGGAUCGGUAGCUAAGAGAGAUAAAUUUAAAGCGAAAAACGCAAAGAAAACGGCUUUUGUCCGCUAUUUUGAGCGAUUUUUUUUGUGUUGUAAUCAGCAGAAAAUUUUAGCAGCUACAACGACCAAACAACACCACCAGUUAGUCCCAGGCAAUAACCAACAGCAAUUUUGCAAUAUCAAUAGAAAUUUUACUGCAGAAACCAAACAACCAACAGGAAUCACGGCCAAUAAGCAAAAGCAAGCAGUAGAAAAGAAAGGUAAAAAGGAAUAAGCGAAAAAAAGGAAUAUUUUAUAUCUUGCUUGCUUUAACGAAUUUUGUGAUGAGAAAAACCAUUAGCUACAGUAUCAACAUCAAGAAGAACAACAACAACUACAGCCAUUUAACUACCAAUAACAACAGCAACCGACCGACAGAGCAGCGCAGUCAACGUCAACAGUGGCUGCUAAACAGUGGAUCAAAAAAUUUCUUUGCCAAAGUGAAUUUUCUGCGAUAAAUUAAAAGCUGCUGCGCAGUUUGCAACAACACCGAAUGCACUUAAAGCAGCAGCACUAACAACAACAACCUCAAAUGCAAAUUCAAUUGCAGUAGUUAGAAUUUAUUCAAACCACGCAACAAAAUUUCUUGGCAGCGCAUCGAGAGCAAAAAAACAACAAAAAUCUUUUGAGCAGCAGCCACCAUUUUGAAUGAGCGCAACAACGACCGCAAAGCGCAGCGACAGAAGCAGAGGCAGAGGCAGCGACGUUGACGUCAAAUUGUGUCUUAUUAGCGAGAAGAAGGAAAGAGAAGGGAGAAAGAGGGGUGGAGGAGACGACGCAUUGCAGCUGUGAGACCGGAAAAAUUCUAAAAUACAGUGCGUAAGAGUGAGAGAAAAGAGUUCAGCAGAUAGACUGUGAGUGCGAGUGCUUAAAUUCCGUUUGGCAAUAGAAGUAAAUCAUAUUCAAAUAUCUAACGCCAACGCAAGAAAAAUUAUGGUUGAGCGAAUUUUGGAAGAGAGAAGUGACAGCACAGCUGCUGCGAAGGAGUAUGAGCCGUUGCGGCGUAUUCACGCCAACGCCGGCAGAGAUGGCAGUGGGCGCAGCAAUAAUAGCAACAACAAUAAUGCAAGCGGCUCAGCAGAUAGCGACGUAGGCGGCAACAAUGGCUCAUGCAGCAACACCGACAACAGCUGCAGUCAAAGUCAAUCAGACGGUCAGAAUGAGUUAACGCGCUACAGCAGCGAAGAUGUCUCCGGCAACGAGUCAAGCGAGGCGCCCAACAUGACAGAAAUGGAGCGUCAGGCUGAGCUCAAUCGGCACAAGGAGGAGAUGCGCAAGAAGCCGCGUAAGCAGCGCAUUAGCUCAUCGAUGCACUCGUCGACGUUUCAAGAGCUUUACAAGUUGACUGGUGAAAUUCUUGGCGAGGGCGCCUAUGCAUCGGUGCAGACAUGCGUAAAUAUCUACACCGAUAUGGAAUAUGCUGUGAAAGUAAUCGAUAAGAUUCCGGGACAUGCGCGUGCGCGUGUCUUUCGCGAAGUCGAGACAUUCCAUCACUGUCAGGGCCAUCCGGGCAUCUUGCAAUUGAUCGAAUUUUUUGAGGAUGACGAGAAGUUCUAUUUAGUGUUUGAGAAAAUCAACGGUGGUCCGCUGUUGACGCGCAUCCAGGAGCACAUUUGCUUCUCGGAGCAUGAGGCUGCGAAAAUCAUCAAGGAGAUUACAUCUGGUUUGGAUUUUCUGCACAAGAAGGGCAUUGCGCAUCGUGAUCUCAAGCCCGAGAAUAUAUUGUGCGUCAAGCCGGACUCGUUGUGUCCUAUUAAAAUUUGUGAUUUUGAUUUGGGCUCUGGCAUUAAGUUUACCACAGAUGUCUCCUCGCCAGCAGCUACGCCACAAUUGCUGACACCAGUGGGCAGCGCAGAGUUUAUGGCGCCCGAAGUGGUGGACUUGUUUGUAGGCGAGGCUAAUUAUUAUGAUAAGCGCUGCGAUUUGUGGUCCUUGGGCGUCAUUGCGUAUAUUUUGCUAUGCGGCUAUCCACCAUUCUCAGGCAACUGCGGCAAGGAUUGCGGCUGGAAUCGCGGAGAGAACUGUCGCACCUGCCAGGAGCUGCUCUUUGAGUCCAUUCAAGAGGGACGUUUUAAUUUUCCGGAGGCCGAAUGGCAUGAUGUGAGCGAUGAGGCCAAAGAUUUGAUUUGCCGUCUGCUGGUCAAGGAGGCAUCAAAGCGUCUCAGCGCCGAGGCCGUGCUCAGUCACCCGUGGAUACGCAUGUGCGAACAGGAACCGUCGGUUACCAAGAAGGCAACUCGCCAUAGGGCACUGCAAACGCCAAGCAACAUACGACGCAAUCAUCAGUCGGCGCGUGAGAUAUCGCAGUUCGCCAGCUCGGCCAUGGAUAUGAAGCGUGUUAUCCAGCAGCAUUUCUCGAUGCGCUACGAUUAUAUGAAGGAGCGUCCAAACAUUUAUCAGCCAUCGCAGGCCUACAUGGAUGCCUAUAGCGACGAGAACUACAAUCCUAAGCCGCCGGCGCACUAUACGCGCAGCCGAUCUCAGCGCACGCACUCUGCCGCCGCCGCAGCUGGCAGCGGCUUUUCGUCUUCCUAUGGAGGUCGCUUGUCCACGGCGCAUGCCCAACGCAGUGCAAGCAGUCGCCAGUCGUCGCGCAAUGCGUCGAGCAUUUUUAACAGCAGCGGCGGCUAUAAGACGCUCAAUGUGCACGAUGAGGACGACGCCGAUGAGGCACUCGAGGCUUUUGGCCGUCUGGACGAGAACGAGGAUCCGGAGUGGGCCCAGUCGACGCGUCUCUUCCAGCAGCAACGCGAGCUGCAGCAGAGGCAAGAGCAGGCAGUGCAUGGCAGCAUGAGCGGCAGUGAUGCGGAGUAUGAACUGGAUGAUGAGCAUGGGGAGAGAGAGGGCGAGGACUGUCAGCACUAUAGCCAUAAUUGGCGUGAGCUAGACAAGGAUGAGGGUGAUGACUAUCUGUAUGAGCAGCAGCAGCAGCGUGUGGAUGAUAUUGCCGAGGAAGAUGAGUACGAGGAGGAUGGGGAGAAUGAAACAAUAAACGAAGCUGACAAUCGAAAGCAAUUGAAAGCGAAUGUUGGAGAUGAUGAACAGAAGACGAAGAGCGACGAGGGCAGAAAGGAAGAGAAUAAACUUAUUAUUGAUAAUAUAAUAAAAUCAAAGCAAAGUGAAUUUGCUACAGCAACAACAUUGCGCAAAAAUGCGCAAGAGAUGGAGUUGAAGAAGAAAGAGGAGAUGGAGAUGGGAAUGGAGAUGGAGGAGAAGGCAAGGCAGAUGAAGGAUGAUGUUGAUGGGGCUCUUAAGCAACGACCAACAUCAAGUGAUAUUAGUGCUACAACAAUCACCAAUACCAACAGCAACAACAACACCAACAUCAACAAUAGCAACAGCAAAAUUAAUAUGCAAACAACACCAGUUAUAACUACAACACAAAAACUGAACGGCAAGCCGCUCACUGGCAAUGUUAAGGAUAAUGAUUAUGAUUAUGAUAAUGUAACUAAAACUGAUGAUGAUGUUAAACUAUUGGAUAGUAUUAGUGAUUUAAAUGAAAAGCUACCUGAAAUUUAUGAGACUGCAAAUAUUGUUGUCAACUCAGCGGCAGUGCAAGAAGCAGCAGCAGCAAUAACAACAACCAUAAAACCAGCAGCAGCAAUAACAACAGCAACAGCAACAGCAACGUGCCCACCAAAUGAUAAAGAUACCGAUUUGUAUGCGUUGAAAUACGCACCGACGAUUCAAGCUGCUACUGAGGGGACAACAAUGCGAACGACUUUUGGCAUAAAACAGCAACAACAACAGCAACAACCAACACAUAAACAACAGCGCAAUGUUUGCUUUGCAUCGGAUGCAUAUCAAAACGACGAGGACGCGGACAUUGAUGACGACUACGAGGACGACAACUAUGACGACGAUGACGAGUACGAUUACAAUGAGGCUGAUCAGAGCCGAAAGGCAAGUGGCGACGCGGUAUUCAAGCAACCUUUGCCAGCAAUUAGCAACGCGUACACACGUAAGCAGCGACAGCAGCAACAGCAACAGCGCUACAUUGCGCCACGUGCAGAGCCGCCGCUGUCCAGGCACACGGAGAACUGGCGCUAUCGCAGUCAUCAGUCCGAGCAGCCGACCGUUGUCGGCGGCAGCUACCGCAGGUAUCGUCCGUUUAGCACCGGCGGCGGUGGCGGACACUAUGGCAAUCAGCAGCGUAACUACUUGGGCAGCUUCUCGCAUGGCGGCGGUGCCGCUGGCUAUAAGCUGGCACCACCCAUAGCGCUGCAACCGCAGCAGACGCAGCAGCGUCACAACAGUGCCAGCAGCAGUGGCAGCAACGGCUCGCCGCCAUCGGAUGAGCAGUCCACACAGAUACGCAACUGGCGCCAGGACUGCGUCUAUGCGCCAAUGCGUGGCUGUGGCAUGAAUCAGUCCAAGAGCCUUCAGCAACGCUCGCAGCAGCAACCAGUGUCGAGGAUUGGCUCUGGACGUCUCAUGCACGUGCCACCGCAUCUGCUGGAGGAGCCGGACAAUAUGCGCAACGGCCUGUCGCCGCCCAGCGAGAGUUUGCUGCUGCAGCGACGCAUGCGUCAGCAGCAGCGGCCAGGCGGCGAUCUUGCCGAAUACUGUGAGCCCGCCACGGCAAGUGGCUAACGGAGCGGCGACAACAACAACAACAGGAGCUCUGAGCAGACGCCGCCACACUUACAGCGUCAGCGUUUUUGCCUAAGAAUAUUUGUUUCCUUUUUUGUAUAAUUUUUUGUAUUUCCACACACAUAAUUUGCUUAAUUUCAUCAUUCGUUACAUUUACAAAAAAACAAACAAAACAAACAUUUACAAGCAAACUGUACAACAAGAAAGAAACUACUUAAAAUUCCGUCUUUUUUGUUAAUGCAGAGCAACAAUUGUGUUAAGCUUAAGAAAAAGUGUGCGCGUUCAUUAAAGCAAUCAAUACGAGAUAUAUGCUGUUAAAGAAAUCAAACAACAAUAACAUCAAAACUGAACCAAACAGUCGUUCGAGAAAAAAAUAAAAAAAAAAA